CGAGCGCAUGUGCCCAACCUCUGCCUCCCUCUCUCAGCGUAAAGGCAGAAGAAGCGCGCAUCAGUUCAGAUUUAGUGCCGCAGUUUAUCUACACUAUACAUCUCCACAUUGAGAGAAGUUGCGGGAAAGACACGGGAGAACUUGCUCUGUUUUUGAGCUAAUUUUGCGCGUCCCUAUUUUAUUAAUUUGAGGAUAACAGUUAAAUAAUAUGAACUUAAAGGCAGUUAAGUUGACGAUCUAUGGAGCGAUGAACGUGUGGAAACGUAGGACACCCUUCUAGUGUGUUAUUCGAACUAUUGUUGAUCGAGCAUCAUGUCUGCGAUCAGACGAAAAUUCGGCGAAGAUUAUCAAGUGGUGAACACCAACCGGGCCAUGUCCUUUUCUGCCCCGGCCAAAAAAAAGCGCCAGCGGUUCGUGGAGAAAAACGGGCGCUGCAACGUCCAGCACGGUAACCUUGGCGGGGAGACCAGCAGGUACAUCUCCGACCUCUUCACCACGCUCGUGGACCUCAAGUGGCGCUGGAACCUGCUCAUUUUCCUCUUAACGUACACGGUCGCGUGGCUUAUCAUGGCAUCUAUGUGGUGGAUCAUCGCGUACAUCCGUGGGGACCUCGGACGCGGCCACGACGACUCGUACACGCCGUGCGUCGCCAACGUUUACAACUUUCCCUCCGCUUUUUUGUUCUUCAUUGAGACUGAGGCGACUAUAGGUUACGGGUACAGAUAUAUAACGGAGAAGUGCCCGGAGGGCAUUAUACUUUUCCUGUUCCAGUCGCUGCUGGGCUCGAUCGUGGAUGCGUUUCUCAUCGGCUGUAUGUUCAUUAAGAUGUCUCAGCCCAAGAAACGCGCAGAGACGCUCAUGUUCAGCCAGGACGCGGUCAUCUCACAACGGGACGGGAAGCUCUGCCUCAUGUUUAGGGUCGGGAAUCUCAGGAAUAGCCACAUGGUGUCGGCGCAGAUCAGGUGCAAGCUCAUCAAGUCUCGUCAAACCCCAGAGGGAGAGUUUCUACCAUUGGAUCAGCGGGAAUUGGAUGUAGGAUUUGGAACGGGCGCUGACCAACUCUUUCUUGUCUCACCCCUCACAAUAUGUCAUGAGAUCAAUUCCAAUAGCCCAUUUUUCGACUUGUCUCAGCGUUCCCUCAUGAAUGAGCAGUUUGAGAUUGUCGUCAUCCUGGAAGGCAUUGUGGAAACUACAGGCAUGACGUGCCAAGCACGAACAUCUUACACAGAGGAUGAGGUGCUGUGGGGUCACCGCUUCCUACCAGUCAUGUCGCUGGAGGAGGGAUUCUUCAGGGUGGACUACUCUCAGUUCCAUAACACAUUUGAGGUUACCACUCCUCCAUAUAGUGUGAAAGAGCAGGAUGAGAAGUCCUCCUUGCACUCCCCCGGUCCUGUUCUCUCCCCUACGUUGCACGAUGGUCGUAGUUGCAGAGAGCACAUCUUCUCCUUUGACGGGGUUCCUCUCACCGAAGAACCCGGGUCCAAAUUACCAAGCAAGCUCCAGCGUAUGACUUCCAAAAAUGGAAAAGAGGUCCUCAAAACUGGAAGUGCGCAGCCGACAGAAAAGGCCUCCAGCACAGGUGACCUGCCCCUCAGGGUGCAGCUGCUCGGAUCCCUGGUGGGUCAGCGGGAGGCGGAAAAUCACCUCCAGCUCAAACCUCUUAAGAUGGGGUCAGAGGCCCACACCCGGUCGGCAGGAGAGCUGGAGCAUCACAGACUGUUUGCAAUCCCUGCUCCGGUCCCAGGCCCGAGCCUCAACCUGUUGCCUGCCUCCAGUGGCCGACCAGAGGACAACCUCCCCUCUAAAUUACGCAGAAUGAAUGCAGACCACUGAAUGGGUCUUUAUUUUUCACACAGAGAUGGCCAGUCAGUUUUAAGAGAACAUGAGCUACUGGUGUGUCUUUCACACUCACUUAGGGGUGUCUUUAUUGGCUGAGGAGGGG